AUGCCGCUUAGUCUCCCGUACACGUACCGCGAGACGGACGACCGGCUUGUGGUCAAUGUCAUCCCCGAGGGUGUGGUGGGCAAGGUGGAGGCCGGCAAGGUGGACGUCUUCUGCCACGGCGCGUAUCUCAAGCUCUUCUACCCUCCGCACCAUGUUGUUCAUCUGGAUUUGCAUGACGCUGUGGAGGGCGACUCGCUCAAUGUGCUUGUCUCUCAAGAUCUCAUCACCCUCACCGUCGACAAGGCGCCAUCAGCCCGUGGCGAGUGGCCCUCACUCCUCUGCUCCUCGGCCGAUCGCGCCACUCUGGCUGCUCGCCGUGCUGCCUUUGUCGAUGCCGCGGCAGAGGCAGCUGUCGAAAAGGCAAAGGCCGCAAAGGUGGCGGCAGCUCGCACAUCGCGCGAGGCGGUUGCGGCUUCUGUGGAUGUCGGCAGGCGCAAGCGCGAGCUCAUGGCCGAGCGCAAGGCCGCCGAAGAGGCUGCCGCCAUGGCCGAUGUCUACUCGGCUGCUGCUGCCGAAGCCGAGGCCGCCGCCGCCGCCAAGGUCUCACAGCCAUCGCCCGUGUCGAGGGCCCAGGCGUUGGCAGCGCGCAAGGCGCGACAGGCUGCCGCCGAAGCGUCGCUGCCCCCUGUCCGCGCCACGACCGAGAUCGAGGUCGGGUUCUCAGAGCGGGUUGCGCAGGAGGAGGCCAUUCUCAAGCGGUCGACGACGGCGCUGGCGGAUGACGAUGGCGCGGGCGGACAGGCUAACAUUGCCGACGCCUCUGCGCAGUGGCUCAAGCUCAAGGGCGACGAGUUUCUGCUCAGCGCCGACAUCCCGUCGGCGCUCAAUGCGUACGACCGGGCCAUCGAGAUUGAUCCCAAUUUUGCACUCCUCUUCUCCAACCGCGCCAUUUGCCAGUUGCGGCUCUCGCGGUUCGAGGCGUGCGUGUCAGACGCAUCACAGGCACUGGCGCUGGCUGCACUCCAUGCGCCUUCGGCGCCGCGCUCGCCGCUCGUUCUCAUCCGCCGUGGCACUGCGCUGCUGCGGCUCGGCCAGCUCGACGCUGCUGCCGACGACUAUGUCGAGGCUGCGGCGGCAGUCGCUGACCCGGUUGUCGCCGCAGACACCGCCAAGCUGCUGUGGCGCCUGACGUCUAGCUACCGCGAUCAUGCCGCAGCCUGCCUCGGCGCCGGGCGAGCCGACACUGCCGCGGCGUCGCUCGACAAGGCCAUCGGCCGUGCGCGAAACCCACAGGAGCAGGUGGCUGUUGCACUCGGCCACAUUGAUAUGCUCGACCAAGCUACAUUCUCAGCAGAGACUGCCGAUAUGCGGGCCAAGUAUGCGUCAGUUGCCCCUGCGGCGGCGAGACCGACUUUGCUCUCCCGUGGGAUGUGACGGUACUGGAGCAGAUUCGCGCGCGUGUAGCGGGUCUUUAACGCUUAGCGCGCUUGGAGCGGCGUGCGGUCGGUGGCUCGGCAGCGGGCUCGGCGACCGGCUCGGCAGCGGGCUCGGCGGUCGGCUCGGCAGUAGGCUCGGCACGCUUCCGCUUCCGGGAU